CUGUUCUUCGAAAUGAAGAAGAUAUUUCUAAAAAUAUGUACAUAUCUACAUAUUACUUGAGACCGUCAAUCGUCAGUCGCCAUCCUACCGACAAGCCGGCAAGACAUCUUCCGCUAAUCUUUCCGAAGGAACAGUAAAACAAAACCCAAUUAGCCAAAAUGUGUGACGAUGAUGCUGGAGCACUGGUCAUUGACAACGGAUCCGGAAUGUGCAAGGCCGGUUUCGCUGGUGAUGAUGCCCCACGUGCCGUCUUCCCAUCCAUUGUCGGCCGCCCACGUCACCAGGGUGUGAUGGUCGGUAUGGGUAACAAGGACUCGUACGUCGGUGAUGAGGCCCAGUCCAAGCGUGGUAUCCUCACCCUGAAGUACCCAAUUGAGCACGGUAUCAUCACCAACUGGGAUGAUAUGGAGAAGAUCUGGCAUCACACCUUCUACAAUGAACUGCGUGUUGCCCCAGAGGAGCAGCCAGCUCUGCUGACCGAAGCCCCCCUGAACCCCAAGGCUAACCGUGAGAAGAUGACUCAGAUCAUGUUUGAGACCUUCAACCUGCCAGCCAUGUAUGUUGCCAUCCAGGCUGUUCUCUCCCUGUACGCCUCCGGUCGUACCACCGGUAUCGUUCUGGAUUCCGGUGAUGGUGUCUCCCACACCGUCCCAAUCUAUGAAGGUUAUGCUCUGCCCCAUGCCAUCCUCCGUCUGGAUCUGGCUGGUCGCGAUCUGACCGAUUACCUGAUGAAGAUCCUGACCGAGCGCGGUUACUCUUUCACUACCACCGCUGAACGUGAAAUCGUUCGCGAUAUUAAGGAAAAGCUGUGCUACGUUGCUCUGGACUUCGAGAAUGAAAUGGCCACCGCUGCCAACUCCAGCUCCCUUGAGAAGUCCUAUGAACUUCCCGACGGUCAGGUCAUCACCAUCGGUAACGAGCGUUUCCGCGCCCCAGAAGCCCUCUUCCAGCCUGCCUUCCUGGGAAUGGAAUCUGCCGGUAUCCACGAAACCGUCUACAACUCGAUCAUGAAGUGCGACGUCGACAUCCGUAAGGAUCUGUACGCCAACACUGUCCUGUCCGGUGGUACCACCAUGUACCCAGGUAUUGCUGAUCGUAUGCAGAAGGAAAUCACCGCCCUGGCUCCGUCCACCAUCAAGAUCAAGAUCAUCGCCCCACCAGAGCGUAAAUACUCCGUCUGGAUCGGUGGAUCCAUCCUGGCUUCCCUGUCUACCUUCCAGUCGAUGUGGAUCUCCAAGGAGGAAUACGACGAAUCCGGCCCAUCCAUUGUCCACCGCAAGUGCUUCUAAGUUACUUCCUCGCAAGGGAACGCAGUUUAGAACAUCGGAAGCAGUCGGUUCAACAACAUUCCGAGCCGCUGCAGGUUGAAUACAUUAACAGCAACACCAACAGCAGUAGCAACAUCGGCAAACAUCGUUUGCGAUUCAACAAUGUUUGUGUAAAUAAUUUUCUGUUCAUGAUAUGAACCAUUAUCUAUAUGUUUUGAGGUGCUUCUAGUGACAGACCGCUGAGUUGUUAGGAGAAAAUUAGAUGGCUUUCUGGGAAAAAAAAUAGAAUAAUCGAUAUCAAACAUCUCAACAUCGAUUUAAGAACAUCAAUUCAUUCUAUUAUAUAAGGCGUCGAAAUCAACAUCAAAUUAUUUUUGUUAUAAUUUUUUAAUGUUUAUGAAAUAAUCAAAAUAACUUUAAAAAAAAUCAAAUAA